AUGGCUUAUUUAUUUGGCAACAUAUGUAAAUGCCUAUGCUUAAGAAAUCGUGCCGGUCUCAAUGUGAUUCAAACUGCGUCUUAUCAUGCUAAUGUUAUAGAUCAUUACGAAAACCCCCGUAAUGUUGGGUCUCUUGACAAAAAAGAUAAGAACGUCGGAACAGGUUUAGUUGGAGCCCCAGCUUGCGGAGAUGUGAUGAAAUUGCAAAUCAAAGUUGACGACAAUGGAAAAAUUAUUGAUGCUAAAUUUAAAACUUUUGGAUGUGGAUCUGCAAUAGCUUCAAGUUCAUUAGCUACAGAAUGGGUAAAGGGCAAAUCAGUUGAUGAGGCAUUGAAAUUAAAAAAUACUGAUAUUGCUAAAGAACUCUCAUUACCUCCUGUAAAGCUUCAUUGUUCUAUGCUUGCAGAAGAUGCCAUUAAAGCAGCAUUGUCUGACUAUAGAAUCAAACAGCAGGAAGCCGAUAAGAAA